AUGUCGUCCGCCGAGGAUCCCAAGCCAAAUGACGCACGUUUGCUGCUCGUCUCGAACCGUCUCCCCAUCACCAUCAAGCGCUCAGAAGAUGGCAAAUAUGAUUUCUCCAUGUCCUCCGGUGGCUUGGUCAGUGGAUUGAGCGGUCUGUCCAAAUCCACCACCUUUCAAUGGUAUGGUUGGCCUGGUCUGGAGGUGCCCGAGGCCGAGAUCCCCACGGUCACCAAGCGUCUGAAGGACGAGUAUGGUGCCGUGCCCGUCUUUAUUGACGAUGAGCUGGCGGACCGCCACUACAACGGAUUUUCAAAUUCCAUUCUGUGGCCCCUCUUCCAUUACCACCCCGGUGAGAUCACCUUUGACGAGUCCGCCUGGGAGGCAUACAAGGAAGCCAACCGACUCUUCGCCAAGGCCAUCGCCAAAGAAGUCCGGGACGGCGAUUUGAUCUGGGUGCACGACUAUCAUCUCAUGCUCCUACCGCAGAUGCUGCGCGAAGAGAUUGGUGAUUCCAAGAAGAACAUCAAGAUCGGUUUCUUCCUCCACACCCCAUUCCCCAGCAGUGAAAUCUACCGAAUCCUCCCCGUGCGCAAUGAACUGCUCCUGGGCGUGUUGCACUGCGACCUGAUCGGUUUCCACACGUACGACUACACCCGCCACUUCCUGAGCAGUUGCUCCCGACUACUUGGACUGGCAACUACUCCCAACGGAAUUGAGUUCCAGGGCAAGAUCAUCACCUGUGGCGCUUUCCCGAUCGGAAUCGAUCCCGAGAAGUUCGCCGAGGGUCUCAAGAAGGAAAAGGUGCAAAAACGUAUUGCCAUGUUGGAAGAAAAAUUCAAGGGCGUCAAGCUCAUGGUCGGGGUGGACCGACUCGACUACAUCAAAGGUGUGCCCCAGAAGCUGCACGCCCUUGAGGUCUUCCUCAGUGAUCAUCCCGAGUGGGUCGGCAAGGUCGUCCUGGUGCAAGUCGCCGUGCCCAGUCGUCAGGAUGUCGAAGAGUACCAGAACCUGCGCGCCGUCGUCAAUGAGUUAGUGGGUCGCAUUAACGGCAAAUUCGGCACGGUCGAGUUUAUGCCUAUUCACUUCCUGCACAAGUCGGUCAACUUUGACGAGUUGAUUGCCCUGUACGCCGUCUCCGACGCCUGCAUUGUCUCCUCCACCCGGGACGGCAUGAACCUGGUCGCAUACGAGUACAUUGCGACUCAGCGAAAGCGUCAUGGCAGCCUGGUGCUUUCUGAGUUUGCGGGUGCCGCGCAAAGCUUGAACGGCAGUAUCAUUGUGAACCCUUGGAACACGGAAGAGCUGGCGGGUGCCUAUCAGGAGGCGGUCACCAUGAGCGACGAGCAGCGGGCGCUGAACUUUGCCAAGCUCGACAAAUACGUUUCCAAAUACACCAGCGCAUUCUGGGGACAAUCCUUCGUGACCGAAUUGACUCGGAUUUCCAACCAAUCUACCGACAAAUUCCAAGCCCAGAAACUUGCCGUGGAUGCAUCUAAUUCGACCAACGGCAGCGUCACCUCGGAACAGACUGCUUAG